UAGCUCUACAUUUAAUUAAAAAAAGAAUAAAUGAACAUAGCAAAGCUCCCUGUGAGCAAACCAGGGCAGCCUCUGCCACCGCUCAGCUCCCAGGCGGAAAACAGGUGCCUGGCGCCAAAGCCACUGCUGAGGGCCGCUGCCCCACCGCCAUUUUGCCCCCAUCCGGAGGAGGCGGCGGCUGGCGGCGGGCCUGCGGCGCCGAGGGUAUUAAUAGGCGGCCCGGGGGGAGCGGCGAGGUCUGACGGGCAGGGCUGGGCGUCUGAGGGCGUGCGGGGCGAAGGCUCGGUCUCGAUCGCAACGCGGCACAGGACAGCUCGACGGGGGAGCGGCUAUAGUCGGUAGUGCCUUCCCUCAUCUCCGGUCCGCGCGAGCAGAGGCGGCGGCUCCACCACGAAGACGAGAUGGAGGCUAGUACUUGCAAACAGGAUGUACUCCAGAGGAAGAAGAAUGCUGUCUUGGUGGAUGGAGUCAUCCUAAAUGGUCCAAUAACUGAUUCAAAAGCAGGAGAGAAAUUUGUGGAAGAGGCCUGUAAGAUCAUAAUGGAAGAAAUAAUCCAGAAAGCUGAUGAUGUUACAGAAAAGGUUUGUGAAUGGCGGGACCCUGAAACACUGAAGAAGAUUCUUGAUCUGGAAAUGAGAGACACUGGAGAAUCUCAUCAGAAACUCUUGCAACUCUGCCAAGAUGUGAUACAGUACAGCGUCAAAACCAAUCAUCCAAGAUUUUUCAAUCAGCUGUAUGCUGGAAUAGAUUAUUACUCAUUAGUGGCUCGUUUCAUUACUGAAGCAUUGAACCCAAGUGUAUACACAUAUGAAGUAUCCCCUGUGUUUCUGUUAGUGGAAGAAGCAGUCAUCAAGAAAAUGAUUGAAUUCAUAGGCUGGGAAGAAGGUGAUGGCAUAUUUAAUCCAGGUGGCUCUGUUUCUAAUAUGUAUGCCAUGAACUUAGCAAGAUACAAAUUUUGUCCAGAGAUAAAAGAAAAAGGGCUCUCUGGUUUGCCAAGACUAGUCCUGUUCACUUCGGAAGAGUGUCAUUACUCCAUGAAGAAGGCAGCCUCUUUCCUGGGUAUUGGUACGGAGAAUGUUUACUUCGUCAAAACAGAUGAAAGAGGUAAGAUGAUACCUGAGGAACUGGAGAAACAAGUCCAACGGGCCAGGAAAGAGGGGUCAGCACCAUUUCUUGUCUGUGCUACCGCAGGCACAACAGUACUGGGAGCAUUUGAUCCUCUGGAUAAAAUUGCUGAUAUCUGUGAGAAGUAUGACCUCUGGCUUCAUGUUGACGCUUCUUGGGGAGGCUCAGCAUUGAUAUCGAGAAAGCAUCGCAGACUUCUUCGUGGUAUCCAAAGGGCAGAUUCUGUUGCCUGGAAUCCCCACAAAAUGCUGUUGGCAGGAAUUCAGUGCUGUGCUCUUCUGGUGAAAGACAACUCUGGCCUUCUGAAGAAGUGUUACUCUGCCAAGGCUGCGUACCUGUUCCAGCAGGACAAGUUCUAUGAUGUCAGCUAUGACACUGGUGACAAGUCCAUUCAGUGCAGCAGACGUCCAGAUGCAUUCAAAUUCUGGCUCAUGUGGAAAGCGUUGGGAACCACAGGCCUUGAGGAGAGAGUGAACAGAGCACUGGCUUUGGCUAGAUAUCUUGUGGAAGAAAUUAAGAAAAGAGAAGGAUUUCAGCUUCUUUUGGAGCCGGAAUACGCAAAUGUUUGUUUUUGGUACAUUCCACCAAGCUUAAGAAAAAUGGAGGAUGGACCUGAAUUUUGGCAGAAGCUACACCGGGUUGCUCCUGUAGUUAAAGAAAGGAUGAUGAAGAAGGGCAGCAUGAUGCUUGGGUACCAGCCUAACCAAGGCAAAGUCAACUUCUUCCGCCAGGUGGUGAUCAGCCCACAAGAUCCAACAUCGCGUGACAUUCCUACUUCCCACCUCCAGGAUGAUGGUAUGGAAAGUUUAGCAGGGUCAUGAUGAUAACCUAGGAGGUCAUACUGUCAGAGCAGUAAAUAGAAGGAGGAGUCAAAUCUGCAGAACUUGACAGAUGUCUUUAACAGUGUCCUGGAAGUGAUUAUUUUGUUGCUAUUACAGCGAGUCACUGGAUAGUAAGCUGAACUCCACAUUGAUAUUAACAUAAAAAUAAAUGGCACAACAUGGCCUCUUGAUUCUAAACUGUAAUAAUUGCAGAAUACUUUAUCAUUUACUAUCUAGUGCUUCUGGGUAUACCAGUUGUUAUGUUUUGUAAAGUACAUAACUAAAUUCAGGGCCGACAAAGCUUAUUUAGCCUCUCAGCCACUCUGGGUGGAGUGCAGAGCAUGGCAAGGGCUGCUGAAUGGAUGCGAUGAUUUUGCUAUUGCUUCUGAAGGUAGAUAGGACUGUCAACCCUUCACUUUUUCUUUUUUGUCCUUGAAGGGAAAGACAGAAUACUGUCAGGAUUCUUUUAUUGUUAUCCAGAGUCUUGGUGAGUACUUUGACUCAGAGGAAGCAUGUCACUUGCCAUCAGCUAAGAAUUUGACCUGGUGUUUUGUGACACCACUACUAUCAAAAAAGUGUUGUUUCUUUCCAUGUUAGCACAUUUUUCUGUUUCCAGGUACUGUGGGACUUCUGUCUCGUGUUGGGCUGAAGUAGCAGUUUCUCCUGUAUCAGUAGUGGCUGUAGUUCUUUUUUUAAAUGAGGGGAAAAUGGAACUUUUUCAAUGUUUGCAGAAAGUGUCAGAUCAACAUGUGUACUGAUGUUUUCAAAGGUAUGGUUUAACCUUUCAGUGUGAUGUGAGUGCCUUAUCUGAUGUCUAUAUAUCUUCUCGUGUUUCUGACCCCUUAUCAUGUCCAUUGUGUGCAAUACAGUGGUCUCAUUUCAGGACUAAUGUAAUUUUUUUCAUAGUUGCUUAUUUAGGAUUGGUAUGUAUGAAAUGGCUAUUUUGUAGCUGAUGAUUUUAAUAAAAAGUGAAGUAAAUGACACCCAUAUAAAUGUAGGCUGUGUUUGUAAUUUCUCAAUCUAAAACUGCAGAGAUAUGUAUAAAAGAGGUACCAAUGAGCUCUCCAGAUGGAGAAACAGCAAGCUGCCUGCACAGCCUUACAAUGUGAAACCUAGCUUAACCAUGCUUCAGGAUGUGGUUUAUCUGUGUGCUGUGCCCUUAUCAUCUUUAAUAAACAUCUUGGAUGAAAAUGUGUCACCAUUUAACUUGCUCUCGCUUUAAAAUGCAGAAGCUAAAUUAUUUUUGCAGAAAUGGCUUUUUUUUUUUUUUUUUUAAACUAUAUGGGACUGGCCCAUGAGCUCCCUCCCACUCUUAGUUACUGAGUUAUAUCUCUCAGGAUGCUAAGCCAGUUGUGAAAGUAGUGGAGUACAGGUAUAAAUCAGUGUAGAAACAGAUCUACUGGCUGAUUCAUUUUUUUUUUUUCUUCUUAAUUUUAUGUGUCUACUUUUAAUAAUCUUUUUUCAAUACAGAGCUUUAGGAAAGAAAGUCUCCUAUUCUAUCACAUACAAGCUCGGCAAAAAGCCAAUGGUACGCUAGAAGUGUAAUUUUAAUGCCCAGUUUUCAACUGCUCCAAAUCUGCAUGGCCUUUCUUCCCUGUUGGCUGCUUAUGGGCAAUCAGCAGGAGAGCAAAGUGUGUUCACCCAGGAAAUCUGUUCUAGGUAAGGCCUGCUGACAUGACGGCCCUUCUUCCUUUGGCAGAACUAUUAAAUGCUGAUACAUCAUUUGAGUUUAUAGAUGCUGUAUUUAGUACAGUAGCUACUGUUACAUCCUGAAAUAAUGCAAUUGUACAUGCUAA